AUGUCCGCCGACUUCUGGGCCGGCUACGUCUCGGGAGCCAUUGGCAUCCUGGUCGGCAAUCCUCUCGACCUCAUCAAAACCCGUCUGCAAGCCGGCCCGGCAGCGAUAACAACAGCACAUACUCCCAGCUCUCCAUCCGCAGCACCUCUCUCACCCACCAACCUCCCAUGGACGAAACAAUUCGAGAACCUCUCCGCCCUCGCGCGCGGCGCCGCAGCUCCAAUCCUAGGCUACGGCGCGCUCAACGCCCUCCUCUUCGUCACGUACAAUCGCAGCCUGGCGCUACUCAACACAGGCCAGCUAGACAACUGGCCUGACCGGCCAUCAGCACUGAGCAUCUGGACUGCGGGCGCGCUCGGCGGGCUCGCCAUCUGGUUCGUCUCGGCGCCUACGGAGCUCGUCAAAUGCAGGGCACAAGUGAGCCAGCCGCCGCGGUCUUCGCUGGCUGUGACGCGCGAGCUGUGGAGGCAGGGCGGGUUGAGGGGGUUGUAUAUGGGUGGGGGGAUCACGAGUGUGCGGGAUUCGGUGGGGUAUGGGUUUUAUUUCUGGAGCUACCAUCUCAGCAAGCAGGCCGUUGCGCGUGAAGACGACACGCCGAAUCAGCAUGCGAUCAAGGUGCUGCUGUGCGGCGGUCUUGCGGGAGUAGUGACCUGGGCGUCCAUCUUUCCUCUCGAUGUCAUCAAGACUCGAGUACAAACAUGGGAUCUUCUGCCUUCUCAGCCCAAAGAGCCCGCCAGCCAGCCGCUGCUCGGAAGUGCAAAUGGAUCAUCAACAUCGCCCAAGAACGUCAUCACCGACAGGCCGUCUACGCUGAGCAUCACGCAGCAGGCAUACCACAACGAAGGCAUGAAAGUCUUUGUUCGCGGGCUGGGAAUCUGCAGCGCCAGGGCGUUUGUUGUCAACGCGGUGCAAUGGGCGGUCUACGAAUGGAUGAUGAAACUGCUAGCCGCAUGA